CCUACCAAUGGGCAUUAGCUGGUUGAUUUGAUCACUGCUUUAAUGGGUUGCUCUUGCAUCAAUCUUUUCUCACACUAGUGAUGGAAAUCACAUUAUUAACAUCCUCAAUCAGGACCUCAAAACCCCUAAACAACCGUGUUCUAAAGGGUUUUGAUCCUUACACGAAAACCUCGUCUUUGUCGAUACCCCUUUCGGGAAUCUCAGUCGGAGGACGACCCAUCUGGGUUAGUAAUGCUUGUCGUCUGAAUGGUUCGAGAGUCUCCCUUUCGGCUAACCCAGUAGCAGCAGCAAACCAUUUGCCUUUGGCAAUAGAUGGCUGUCAUGUGUUCUAUGGGGAUGCCUCCAAGGUCUGUCGUAGGUUUUGUGGCCUAAAAUUAUGGAUACUUCAAAACCUAAACCCUCAGUGGGCCAAAAGAAAACAUGAGCGGGGAAUUGAGUUUAAGAGUUUACAAAUUCAAGAUAAAGAUCAAUUUACGGAGCAUAUGGAGACAACUUUAUCACAUGGAGGACAUGUUUCUGAAGGAGCAUCAGCAAUUAGUUUUCCAAAUGAAGCCUCCAUAGAGGAACUGACAGACACAACUUCACGGCAUGGAGAAAUUUCUAUUCCAAAUGUUGAACCUGCUGUUUCUACUAAAGUAGCCUCUUCCAUGGAAUCUCCUUUAUCUUUUCCCAUAGCAGGCACAACAAAAUCAGCUUCCCUUCAUGGAAAACAUUCUGACCCUAAUUUUCAACUUGAUGUUUCCACAAGAACGGCUGCUUCCAUGGAAUCUUCUUCACCCUCUCUUGGUAUUGCUGUCAUUGGCGCUACCGGUGAACUGGCAAGGGGAAAGAUUUUUCCUGCACUGUUUGCACUGUACUACAGUGGCUUUCUUCCUGAGAAUGUCUAUAUUUUUGGAUAUUCAAGGAAGACUUUGACGGAUGAAGAUCUCAGAUCCAUGAUAGCAUCAACUCUUACUUGCCGCAUUGAUCAUCAGGAAAAUUGUGGGGAUAAAAUGGAUACUUUUCUUAGUAAAACGUACCACCUUAAUGGAGGAUAUGACAACAAAGAAGGGAUGUCAAAGCUCCAUGCCCGAAUGGAACAGAUUGAGGGUGAGUCUGAAGCAAACAGAAUAUUUUACCUUUCUGUGCCACAAGAAGCACUUCUAGAUGUUGCGACCUCUCUUGCUGAUAAUGCCCAAACCAAGAAGGGUUGGAAUCGUAUAAUAAUUGAGAAACCGUUUGGUUUUGAUCCGCUGUCUUCUCAUCAGUUGACCCAAUCUCUUAUUUCCAAAUUCCAAGAGGGGCAAUUAUAUAGGAUAGAUCAUCUUCUGGGAAGGAACAUCAUUGAAAACCUUACUGUUAUGAGAUUCUCUAAUCUUGUUUUUCAGCCACUAUGGAACCGAACAUAUGUGCGCAAUAUACAGGUCAUUUUAUCAGAAGACUUGGGUGUGCCGAUGCAAGGAAGGUAUUUUGAUGAAUAUGGAAUCAUCCGUGAUAUUGUACACAGUCAUAUACUCCAGACAAUUGCAUUACUUGCUAUGGAGCCACCAAUAAGUCUUGAUGGCGAAGAUAUACGAAAUGAAAAGGUCAAGGUUUUGAGAUCAAUCCGUAAAUUGGAACUUAGUGAUGUCGUUCUUGGUCAAUAUAAAGCUAGUUCAGGAGAUAAGGUUGAUGCUUACUUGGACAGUUUGAUCCCCACAUUCUUUGCUGCGGCUUUGUUCAUUGACAAUGCACGGUGGGAUGGCGUGCCUUUUUUGAUCAAAGCUGGCAAGGGACUCAUCAAACACAGGGUGGAGAUACGCAUACAGUUCUGUCAUGUUCCCGGAAACCUUUACCGUGACCGCAUGGGCCAUAACAUUAACCUCGCCAGUAAUGAACUGAUUUUACGAGAUGUGCCUGACGAAGCCAUCCUAGUCAGAGUUAACAACAAGGUUCCAGGACUAAGUUUGCAUUUGGAUGCUUCCGAACUGAAUUUGCUCUACAAGGAUAAGUAUAACGCGGAGGUACCUGAUUCGUAUGAGCAUCUUCUUCUUGAUGUGAUUGAUGGAGACAACCAUCUAUUCAUGAGAAGUGAUGAGCUUGAAGCUGCAUGGAAGAUUUUAUCUCCAGUUCUGCAAGAGAUAGACAAGAAAAAUAUGGUACCAGAGCUGUAUGAGUUGGGAGGUAGGGGUCCUGUUGGAGCCUUCUAUCUCUGGGCAAAACAUGGGGUUCAGUGGGUUGAUGACUAGAAUUAGGGAUGGGCUGGGUUGGUUCCACACAUUGUCUAUGUACGUUAGUGAUUAGAUGAUCAGUCACACUAGGAUCGACACACAGACCUGCACCCUUACAUCAUUUUUCACUGAGCAGUCAUUUAGGGGCCUUAGUUGGUGAUCCGGGUUGUUUCCCUUUCAACGAUGAAGCUUAUCCCUCAUUGUCUCACUAGCCGACCUUGAUCCUUGUUAUUUUGAGGUCAUACCAAUUAUUAAUCUAAAUUCAAGUUCAAAACUUAUGAGGGAUAAAUAAUUCGACUCAUUCACAUCCAUAUCAUGAAUGUUUGGAAUUCAUAUUAUG